AUGUCCGCACAUCAACCUAACAGCUCAGCCUCCAGCAGCCCCACCAACUUCAUAGGUUCUCCUUUUUCAGUGAUCAGUCCUUCUCUCAACUCUCCAGUGGUUUCUCCCUCUCUGGGAUUCGGAUCCAUCAGCAACAGUCAGAUUUCGUCUUCAGAGCCAAUAUCAGGGAUGCAUUCAGUCAGCAGCUCAGAAGAUAUUAAGCCUCCAUUCGGCCUGAGGCCCAUGCAAGCUCACAGUCCGGGAAUAAUGAUGUCUCAGAAACGGCUGUGCGUGAUCUGCGGCGACCGCUCUUCUGGCAAACAUUACGGCGUGUACAGCUGCGAGGGCUGCAAAGGUUUCUUCAAACGGACCGUGCGCAAAGACCUGAGCUACACCUGCAGGGACAACAAGGAGUGCCUGGUGGACAAACGCCAGCGCAACCGCUGCCAGUACUGCCGCUACCAGAAGUGCCUGGCCAUGGGGAUGAAGAGAGAAGCGGUAAAUCCUAUAAAGUGGAAAAACAAGGAUGGAAAAGAUGAGGGAUGGAUGACCGUUCAGGAGGAGCGUCAGAGGAACCGAGAGCGCGAAGGGGAGCUGGAGUUCACUUCUGGCGUGAACGACGAGAUGCCCGUAGAGAAGAUCUUGGAGGCGGAGAUGGCCGUGGACAUGAGAGUGGACCUUCACUCCGAUGGAGGGUCUGCAGGAAACUCCCCCCACGAUGCUGUUUCCAACAUCUGCCAGACUGCAGACAAACAGUUGUUUGCCUUGGUAGAGUGGGCAAAAAGAAUCCCUCACUUCUCCGAGCUGCCCAUUGAUGAUCAGGUCAUCCUUCUGCGUGCAGGGUGGAACGAGCUCCUGAUCGCCUCGUUCUCCCACCGCUCCAUUCCUCUGAAGGAUGGAGCUCUCCUGGCGUCCGAGCUGCAGCGUGACAGCGCACACAUGGCCGGAGUUGGUGCUAUUUUUGACCGGGAGAGCGUGCAGAGUGCAGAAGUUGGUGCCAUAUUUGACAGGGUUCUUACUGAGCUUGUUAACAAAAUGAGAGAUAUGCAAAUGGACAAAACAGAACUGGGCUGUCUCCGGGCUAUCGUCCUGUUUAACCCAGAUGCUAAAGGGCUCUCCAGCACAGGUGAGGUGGAGCUCCUUAGAGAAAAGGUCUAUGCAUCACUGGAAGCUUACUGCAAGCAGAAGUAUCCAGAGCAGCAGGGAAGGUUUGCUAAGCUCCUCCUUCGACUUCCGGCGCUGCGAUCCAUCGGCUUGAAGUGCUUGGAGCAUCUUUUUUUCUUCAAACUGAUCGGGGACACGCCUAUCGACACUUUCCUCAUGGAAAUGCUUGAAGCCCCUCAUCAGUUGUCUUAGAUAGGAGAGGCGUACUGUGGAUUUUUGACGGCUGGAGUCUGAGGAGGCGGGCGUGGGACUGGAGUGGCACUUUAAGUUCUUUUUAAGAUUUGUCAGUUUGUCUCACUGCUGUCUGCGUUACACCUUAGUGCAGCACAGAUUUGCUCUUUAGACCAAACCCAAGGCUUGGCAUGAUCUUCAAGCUGGUGCUAUGUGUUGUCAUAACUUCAUGCGUUAAAAAAAAAAAAAAACUAUGGUAAACACAUGAAUAUUUUUAAGAAAAAUAUUUACAUAUUUCUCUGAGUGGCUAUAAUUUGGGUACUCAUUUUUAUAAGACUUUCUAAACACCUAAACUCAUGUCUAAUGCCUUUCUUUUUAAUUCAAGAAGGAUGCAUCCUGAAUUAUGUAUUUUUUUUUUUUUUUGAGAGUUUUAAUUUAAAUCCGAUCUAAUGGUGCGUUAUGGUAUCCAGAAGCACCGAAUUGACUUGACAGAACAUAAGCCCCGAAAUCGACACCAGGUUGAAAUGAUCCCAAGAUUAAGUCUGCGUCUCGUAUACACAUUGCUAAGUGUUUACAUAUUUUCCCUUUUUAGACAAGAUCCGUUCCCUUAUUGUAUUUGAUGGCGGGAAGGAACUGAACAUUUAGGAUUCGUGCUUCUUCUAAUGCAAACUUUAAACAAGGCGGCCCAACCUUCCAGGCGUUCGGGGGGGUCGUUCUUUUUUUUUUUUUUUUUUUUUUUUUUUUUUUUUUUUGUCGUGGUGCUAUUUCAGAGACAAUUUGACAUUACCGGUGGAGUUGCACACCAAACCAUGAACCUAAGAAUAUAUGCAAAACUAGGAAACCCUUUUGUUGAUCUUUGUUUUUAAAAUGUAGCAAUAUGAGACGAUGCCUGCAUAAGCCUGUCAGUUAUUCGAUGUUUUGCAAAGGAAAGUGUGUCCAGUGGAAAGGGAAAACUCCACGUCGUAAUUUAUCUAUACAAUUAUAAGGUACUGUGCUAAACAAAAGGGUCAGGGAAAAUGCACAUAAAAUUUUAGAAUAAUAGCUAAAUUCAUACUAUGUUAUUAUGCGCCCUUGUUUUUAAAUGGAAUAAAUAAAGCAGAAUGUGUUUUGGGUUGCACUGGAUUUGCUGAGACUUUUGUCAGCUUUGUUUUUGUGCUUAUUUCUAUUUUUUUUUUUUUUUUUUUUUUUUUUUGUGACGCUUUGUUUUAUUUCCCAUCUUUUCUCCAUCUUUUUAUAGGUAGCAUACUUCUUCCUUCAUGCGGUUUGAUUAAAAAAGCAAACCAUAAUUGCAUUUAAACCCAGAGAGAUCUUGGUGUAGAGACGGCGUAAACGAGACCAAAUGAGGUCUGUGUGGAAAACACUAACCAGGAAACUACUUUGUGAGCAAUACCGGCGAUCCUGUCAACCACCUCUGCGGUCUCGAUCUUUAAGUAACUUGAAGCAUGGGUUUUGUGGACUAAAAGAAUAAAGAUUACGUUUUUCUUGCAUCUUCUU